AUGGCAGCUUCUUUGAAAGGCCGUGUCGCCUUGAUCACCGGUUCGACACAGGGCAUCGGGCUUGGUAUGCUGCAGGGCUUGGCAAGGGCAGGGGCAGAUGUUGUGAUGCAUGGGCUGGUAACCCCAGAGCAGGCCCGGCAGAAGCAGGCGGAAAUUGAGGGGGAGUACGGUGUGAAGUGCGGCCACAGCGCAGCCAAUGUCAUGAAACCAGCUGAAAUCAGGGAGAUGAUCCAACGUGUGCAGCAGGACUUUGGCCGCCUGGACAUCUUGGUGAACAAUGUGGGCAUCCAGUACGUGUCCCCUGUGCACACAUUCCCAGAGGACAAGUGGGACGCCAUCAUUGCAGUCUGCCUCUCCUCAGCCUUCCAUUCCACGAAAGCUGCGCUGCCAGCCAUGCUGGAAGCCAAGUGGGGGCGCAUCAUCAACACCGGGUCCAUGCAUGCGCUUGUGGCCUCCCCUUACAAAAGCGCCUACAACGCCGCAAAGCACGGCAUCGCCGGGUUCACAAAGACGGUGGCGCUUGAAACGGCGCAGGCCGGCAACGUGACAUGCAACGCCAUCUGCCCCGGCUACGUGCUGACAGACCUCAUACGCAACCAGCUCGAGGACACCGCCAAAGCCCGCGGCAUCCCCAAGGAGAAGGUGGUGACAGACGUGCUGUUAGCGGAUCAGCCAACCAAGCGCUUUGUCAAGGUGGAGGAAAUUGCAGCGCUGGUGCGCCACCUGUGCAGUGACGACGCAGCCUCAAUCACCGGCGCAUGCCUCAGCAUCGACGGCGGCUGGACCGCCCGAUGA